AUGACAAUAAAGAAAAUGACAUUAGAAUCAUUAUCCAAUGAAUUGUUGAUUGAAUUAUUCGAAUUAUUGAAUGGAAUCGAUGUCCUUCAUUGUUUCCUUGGUCUUAAUACUCGUUUUAAUUCUCUACUAUUGAUCUAUUUUCGAACUUAUCGUGUCGAUCUUCGUUCGAUCUCCAAAGAAAAUUUCACACUUUUCUGUCAAACAUAUCUACCUUUGAUAAUCAAUCAAAUUAUUCAUCUUCGAUUGUCUGAUGAUGAUGAUACUCCACGUCAAUAUUUUCAUCUAUUAUCCGCCGGUUUUAAAUUAAAUCAAUUCAACCGUCUUCGUUCUCUAACGUUCGAUAAUAUUAGUUCAGAUCCAAUGAUUAAUCUAUUCUUCUUUUGUGACUUAUCUCGUCUUUAUCAGCUGACACAUUUAAAAUUUAUUAAUUGUCGAAUAUCUGAACUUGAAAAACAGUCCGCUCAAGAUAUCAUUGAUCGCAUUUGGAGUUUACCUAAACUGACCUAUUGUUAUUGGGAUCUUAAUUAUGAAGAAGAUGAUCGUCCAUCUUCUCGUCAAUUUAUAUCAUCACCGAAGAAUCUAUCAGUUGAAAAACUUGCCUUAUAUGAAGUAUGUUCACAACGUGUAAUGAUCAAUCUAUUCCAAUUAUUACCUAAUAUUAAUCAUCUCAAAGUGGAUAUGUUCUCUAUUAAGUUCACUGGACAUGAUUGGAAACAAAUUAUCGUUAAAUAUUUACCACAAUUGAAGGUUUUCCAGUUGAAGAUGGAUUUCAGUUUUUAUCGUUUCAUUAAUGAUCAAGAUAAUGAAGAACAAGUCGAACAAUAUCUAGCUACGUAUCGUACUCCAUUCUGGAUCGAACAUCAUCAAUGGUUCAUUCGAUGUCAUUGGAGAUUAUGGAUGGCAUCUUUGUGCAUAUGUAUAUAUACUUUACCUUACAAAUUUGAUUAUUUUCCCGUUAUCUCCAAUGCAUACGAUUCGAAAACAAUAUCGACAUGUCCACAUGAAAAAUAUUUCUUCUAUGAUUCUGUUCAACAAGUAAGUUAUAGUUCGUCCUUGUUCGAGGACGAUACAUGGUCUUAUAUCCAACUAAACAAUAUUAGAAUAUUACAUCUACAAUUACCCAUUGAUCAUCAUUUCUUCUCGAUUGUUCCCAAUAUUGAACAUUUACAUUUACUGGUUGUCGACAUUCCGGAAAGAAAUGAUCAUUCACAGUUACAAGCAUUGUUGGAUCGUGCAUUGAAUCUCCACUUCCUAGUAUUUAAUUCAUGGGAUACUUUCGAAAUGCCGCCUUAUCAACUAACCAGCGCAUCAGUUCGUCGACUAGAUUUACAAGGUGUUAAUCAAUCACGUCAUCGACAUUCCUAUGAUCUUAAACAAUGUAUGGAAUUAAGUCAAUCAUCUUUGGCUAUUCAUUGUCGAGUGCAUCAUCAAAACUCGACAUAUUCAAUUGGAAUUUCAUUAAAGUAUCUUAUUUUUAAAUAUGAAAUAUCAACUUCUGUUUUUGCUUCAGAAAUUCAACUAGGAGAUCAUCUUCAAUUAGUUAAUCAAGAUGAAAUUAUUCCAGAAAAGAUUAUCCAAAUAGAUGAGAUCAUAUCUCAAGAUUUUAGUGCUCCAUUAACACCUUCUAGUACUAACAUAGUGAAUAAUCUUGUUAGUUCAAACUAUGCUGAAGCACGAAAUCAUCAUCUUGCUCAUUUAGUAAUGCAACCUCAUCGAUUGUGGAGAUUUAUUCUUGGACUCAAACAAAUCAUUCAAACAGAUUUUGAUUGGUAUAUUUCAAUCUUGUACUAUUUUCCACAUAAAACACGUCUUUUACAUAUUUUAUAA